UUUAUUACUACAGACCGACUCAGAUUCAGUCUGAGGCCGGUAACAUCAACAGUGAAGACAAACCAAUCAUGUCACUCUCCUUCCACACUGAGUCCAAACCUACAGUCACUGGGUCCUGAUUGUGACAGUGGAGCCCAGUUUGCUCUGCAGGAUCCAGAGAUGGCAUCAGUGAAGCUGGAAGACUGCAGUCAAACACUGGAGCUGAAUGUCAACAUUAAAGAUGAAGAAGAAGAAGAGGAGGAGAACAUUAGGACAACUGUUAGUCAUGGAUACCAUGUUGAGACAUUCUCUACACUCAGAGAUCAACAGCAGGAAGAUCACAGAGCUAAGAGGUCUCAUCACUGCCCACAUUGUGAAGAGAUUUUCCCAUUUCUAUCAAAGCUAAAAAUACACCUAAAAAUACACACAGGAGAGAAGCCUUACUCCUGCUCUGACUGUGGGGUGAGUUUCUCUCGACUGGAUACCUUAAAAACACACCAACGUAUACAUACGGGAGAGAAGCCUUACUCCUGCUCUGACUGUGGGGAGAGAUUCUCUCAAAAGACGAACUUAAAAGCACACCAACAAAUACAUACAGGAGAGAAGCCUUACUCCUGCUCUGACUGUGGAAAAAGUUUCUCCCGAUCGGAUAACUUAAAAUCACAUGAACGUAUACAUACAGGAGAGAUGCCAUACUCCUGCUCUGACUGUGGAAAAUUCUUCAAAACAUCAACUGUGCUAACUGUUCAUCAGAAAGCACACACAAUAGAGAAGCCUUACUUCUGCUCUGACUGUGUAAAGUGCUUCAAAACAUCAACUGAGCUAAAAGUUCAUCAGAGAACACAUACAGGAGAAAAGCCUUACUCCUGUUCUGAAUGUGCAAAAUGCUUCAAAACAUCAACGGUGCUAAAACUUCACCAGAGAACACACACAGGAGAGAAGCCUUUCAUCUGCUCUGACUGUGGGGUGAGUUUCUCUCGACUGGAUACCUUAAAAACACACCAACGUAUCCAUACAGGAGAAAAGCCUUACUACUGCCCUGACUGUGGGGAGAGAUUCUCUCAAAAGACCAACUUAAAAGCACACCAACUAAUACAUACAGGAGAGAAGCCUUACUCCUGCUCUGAUUGUGGGAAAAGUUUCUCCCUAUCGGGUACCUUGAAAUCACAUGAACGUAUACAUACAGGAGAGAAACCUUACUACUGCUCUUUCUGUGGAAAACGUUUCACCCGAUCGGGUACCUUGAAAUCACAUGAACUUAUACAUACAGGAGAGAAGCCUUACUCCUGCUCUGACUGUAUAAAAUGCUUCAAAACAUCAACUGAGCUAAAAGUACAUCAGAGAACACACACAGGAGAGAAGCAUUACUACUGCUCUGACUGUGUAAAAUGCUUCAAAACAUCAACUGAGCUAAAAGUUCACCAGAGAACACACACAGGAGAGAAGCCUUACUUCUGCUCUGACUGUGGGAAGAGUUUCUCUCACCAGAGCAACUUAAAAACACACCAACGUAUACAUUAACUUCAUUUGGGUACCUGGGACGGUUGCGUCCCACCUGGUCAACAUCCGGUGAAAUUGCAGAGUGACAAAUUCAAAUUGAAUUACUAUAAAUAUUUACAUUUCAUGAAAUCACAAGUGUAAUACAUCAAAAUAAAGCUUAACUUGUUGUUAACCUGUUGCGUCGAGCCAUCCCGGAUCCGGGAUCGUGAAUACAGCCUCAAGCUCAUUACCAUAACGCAACGUUAACUAUUCAUGACAAUCGCAAAUGAAAUGAAAUUAAUAUGCUAGCUCUCAAGCUUAGCCUUUUGUUAACAACACUGUCAUCUCAGAUUUUCAAAAUAUGCUUCUCAACCAUUGCAAAAUAAGCAUUUGUGUAACUGCUAGCGCUGUUAGUGUAGCAUGCUAGCGUAGCAUUUAGCGUUAGCAUUAGCAGGCAACAUUUUUACAAAAACCAGAAAAUCAUUCAAAUAAUCAUUACCUUUUGAAGAACUUCAGAUGUUUUCAAUGAGGAGACUCUCAGUUAGAUAGCAAAUGCUCUGUUUUUCCUGAAAGAUGAUUUGUUUAGGAGAAAUUGCUCCGUUUGGUGCGUCACGUUUGGCUACCAAAAAAAAACGAAAAUUCAGUCUUCAAAACGUCAAACUUUUUUCCAAAUUAACUCCAUAAUAUCGACUGAAACAUGGCAAACGUUGUUUAGGACCAAUCCUCAAGGUGUUUUUCACAUAUCUCUUUAUGAUAUAUCAUUUGUUGAAAGCCUCCUCUCUCCUCUCAAUCACUGGAUGACCGCGUGCAGCUUGUAGAUUAUGCACGAAUUUACACAAAGGACACUGGGCGGACCCGUGGUAAAUGUAGUCUCUUAUGGCCAAUCUUCCAAUGAUAUGCCUACAAAUACGUCACAAUGCUGCAGACACCUUGGAGAAACGAUAGGAAGGGCAGGCUCAUUCCCGGCGCAUUCACAGCCAUAUAAGGAGACAAUAGAAAACAGAGCUUCGAAAAUUCUGCCCAUUUCCUGGGUAAAGUAUCAUCUUGGUUUCGCCUGUAACAUGAGUUCUGUGGCACCCACAGAUAAUAUCUUUGCAGUUCUGGAAACCUUAGAGUGUUUUCUUUCCAAAGCUGCCAAUUAUAUGCAUAGUCGAGCAUCUUUUAGUGACGAAAUAUUGCGCUUAAAACGGCAUGUUUUUUUAUUCAUAAAUUAAAAGAGCGCCCCCUAUAUCCAAGAAGUUAAUCUAGCCGCCAUGUCAGAUUUCAAAAAGGCUUUAAGGCGAAAGCAAACCAUGCAAUUAUCUGAGGACGGCGCUCAGCACACACAACAUUGCAUACAGUUACCAGCCAAGUAGACUAGUCACAAAAGUCAGAAAUAUCAUGAUCUUCAUAUGGUUGCACUCACAAGACUCCCAGUUACACAAUAAAUGUUCAUUUUUUUUCGAUAAAGUCCCUCUUUAUAUCUUGAAACCUCCAUUUUGUUGGCACAUUUUGUUCAGUAAUCCAAUGGCUCAAAUGCGGUCACAAGAGGCAGACAAAUUCCAAAUAGUAUCCGUAAAGUUUGUAGAAACAUGUAAAACAAUGUUUAUAAUCAAUCCUCAGGUUGUUUUUAGCCUAAAUAAUCAAUAAUAUUUCAACUGGCAACAGCGUCGUCAAUAUAAAAGGAAAACAAGAAAGGUGCACUCUGCAGGACCCAGCUCUGGGGACAUCCCACUAUCCACUGACUCAAUGUGGUCAUUCUCCCUCAUUUUUCAGAAUACAAGCCUGAAAUAAUGUCUAAAGACUGUUCAUAACUAGUGGAAGCCAUAGGGAACAGAAUCUGGGUCCGUUCCCUUUAAAUGGUGGUUAGGCUUUCAUUGGAAAAACAGCCAUUUCUAAAUAAUGGCACUUCCUCAAUGGAUUUUCCUCAUGUUUUUGCCUGCCUUUUCAGUUCUGUUAUUCUCACAGACAAUAUUUUAACAGUUUUUAGAAACUUUGGAGUGUUGUCUUUCCAAUUCUACUAAUUGUAUGCAUUUCCUAGCUUCUGGUCCUGAGUAGCAGGCAGUUUACUUUGGGAACGCUUUUAAUCCGGAGGGGAAAAUAGUGACCCCUACCCUAGUGAGGUCAAGGAGAAAAGCCUCAUCGGUUCUCUGACCAGCUAAGAAUAAAGUCACUCCAUCACUUAAUUCUUAUCUCAUAAAAGAAGUUGUAAUUGGAUCAAAUGAAGAAAGUGUAGAACACUGUAAUCCUAUUGGUUCUCACUGUGAGAGAACUGUGCAGAGGAAAGGGAGCGUUAUAGAAUGUUAGCCUCUCUUUACUUUACCAAUCAGUGUGCACCUUGUCAGUUUUGGUGUGUUUUGUUGGCUUCUACUGUAAAGAUUUGCACUUGGUGUUGAAUACCCUCUGUUGUUCUUCUCAUUUUGAAAACAAACACUAGUCUGCCAAUUGACUGGGUGGUACUGCUUCCCUCUCAGCCUGGUCUGACUCUGUCUGUAGGGAGAGUUUCAACUGGGUAGCUUAAAAACACACCAACGUUUACACGUAGGAGAGAAGCCUUACUCCUGCUCUGUGGAAGGGUGGGCGUGUAAAUUCAAACGUCAUGCCAAAGGCUGAGUGUUUGAAUCUCAUCAUGGAGGACUUUAGCAUUUUAGCUAAUUACCAACUUGGCAACUACUUACUACUUUUUAGCUAUUACUUAGCAUGUUAGCUACCCUUUCUCCUAAACCCAUUUAACUCUAUCUUAAACCCCUCACCCCUAACCUAGCUAACGUCAGCAACAAGAAAUUGGAAUUCGUAACAUAUCAUACAUAUUACAAGUUCGUAACAUAUUGUAUGAAUAGCAAUGCGUAAAAUAACAUACGAAUUGUAAUUCUUAACAUACGAUACGUCCUGCAAGUCGUAUUAUACUGAACAACAAUCUAAACGUAACAAUUUCAAGCCCAGGACCUCUUCACCUGCAGGAUUGUCUGAGGUGGUGGGGAGGAGGGGCUGAGUAGUAUUUAUAUCUGUAAUCAAGACCUUUUGAGGGGAAAAACUCAUUCUGAUUGGCCGGGCCUGGCUCCCAAGGGGGCCUAUGCCCUCCCAAGUCCCACCCAUGGCUGAGCCCCUGCCCAGUCAUGUGAAAUCCAUACUAAAUGGAGUGGCAUGGAUGUUUUUGUAAUAUAUAAUACGUUUUGCUCUGAGACCAGGUUGUCCCUCUGCAGUAUUCUGUGGGAAGGAGCUAGUGUACACUUUUUUCUUUGAACCUUUAUUAAACUAGGCAAGUCAGUUAAGAACAAAUUCUUAUUUACAAUGAUGGCCUAGGAAGAGUGGGUUAACUGCCUUGUUCAGAGGCAGAACAACAGAACAACAGAUUUUUACCUAGCUCGGGAUUCGAUUUAGCAACCUUCCGCCCCUAACAUGUAUCAGAUAGAGAUACGUGCUUCUACACCUGCAUUGCUUGCUGUUUGGGGUUUUAGGCUGGGUUUUUGUACAGCACUUUGAGAUAUCAGCUGAUGUACGAAGGGCUAUAUAAAUCAAUUUGAUUUGAUUUGAUAGAGAUGGUGUGAUGAUCACUUUUCACCACUAGUUUGGGGGGGGGGGGGUGUUUUACAACUUUAUUUAAUGAUACACAGUUUAUGCAAUGAAUAUGUGUGUUUAUUAAUUGUCUUUAAAACUAGAUUAGUUAUUUUAGUUACUGAUCAUGAAUGUGUUUGGAUAACUGCAUUGAAGCAAACUUUAUUGAUCUGCCAAUGAAAAAUAAAGUUACAUGAAUAUGUACUGGUCAACCUCUUCUUCUCUUUAGUAUUCAGUUCUUCAUAUUAGAUCUGACAGUAUGAAUGGUUCUUAUGGUUGUAUUUAGUUCUUCAUAUUAGAUCUGACAGUAUGAAUGGUUCUGAUGGUUGUAUUCAGUUCUUCAUAUGAGAUCUGACAGUAUGAAUGGUUCUUAUGGUUGUAUUCAGUUCUUUAUAUUAGAUCUGACAGGUUGAAUGGUUCUUAUGGUUGUAUUCAGUUCUUCAUAUUAGAUUUGACAGUGUGACAGUAGGACAGAGAAGUGCUUUGACUGGGCUGAGAGGGAGCUUGACCUCCUGUAGCAGUGGGACGGCCAUGAGACCAGAGGUGGCAGAACUGAGUGCUCGGGUUGGGAUCCAGGGUUUGAGCCUGAAGGUAGAGAUGGGGCAGUUCUUCUUGCUGCACCGUAAGUAAACACCAUUGUCUUGUAGUGGAUGUGAGCUUCGACUGUAAGCCAGUGGAAUGUACGGAGGAGCAGGGUGACAUGGGGGAUCUUGGGAAGGUUAAACACCCAGACGGACUGCAGUGUUCUAGAUAAGUUCAGUGGAGACUCAUCAUUCAGGGCAGGUGAGCCACCUGUUUUGAGCCCCACAGUUUUAGCAAUAAAACAGUGAGAAAAUAAAGUAUCUGUUUGCAAAGAAUGUAAAAAAACAUUAUUGACUUGUUAAUAAAGCCGCAUACAAACAUG